GAGGUCUAAAAUAAUGCCUGUCUAGUGAAUGUAUGUUAACGUUCCGAUAUCCAGUUUUCAUUUUGAUAAAUCCAUAUAUCUGUCUUCAUAGUACAACAGUAUGUUACCAUAAGUAUGUUUUGAGUUUUUUAUAGGAGCGUGCCUAAUACUGAAAAACGACCAGGGACCAGUCACAUGUUUGGGCAGCUGUAAUCAGAACUUUGACCUCAAGUCUACAAAUGUACUUCGCACGGAAAUCAUAAAAUCGAAAACACUAAAGAUCAUGACUGAAGAGGCUUUUGAUGUGAUUGUCGUUGGCUCCUGUAUGACUGAUUUGGUGAGCCAGGCACCAAGGCUACCUAAGGAAGGGGAAACCAUCCACGGUCACAAUUUCUUCAUUGGCUUUGGAGGAAAAGGGGCCAACCAAUGCAUACAGGCUGCAAGACUAGGGGCUAAAACGGCAAUGGUUGCCAAGGUUGGGAAAGACUUCUUUGGAGACAAUUAUAUCCAGAAUUUCAAGGACAAUAGCGUGCACACUGGCUUUGUUGAACAGACCCCUGAUGCAGCCACAGGAGUUGCCUCCAUUAUUGUCAACGAUGCAGGUCAGAAUGCCAUUGUGAUUGUGGCCGGUGCCAACAUACUGCUAAGUAUGGAGGAGCUGCAGGAGGCUCUUCCAGCUGUCAGUUGUACAAAAGUACUGGUUUGCCAGUUAGAGAUCUCCCCCCAAACAUCUUUGCAGGCCUUGCGCAUGGCUCAAGAGAACAAAGUUAAAACCAUAUUCAACCCUGCACCAGCUAUCCCUGACUUGGAUCCUGACUUCUACCGAUUCUCUGAUGUGUUUUGCUGCAAUGAGUCUGAGGCUGAGUUGCUGACAGGUUUGUCAGUAAAUAAGGUGGAGGAGGCGCAUCAGGCCGGCCGGGAGCUGCUGAGGCGAGGAUGCAGCGCAGUCAUUAUCACCUUGGGAGCCCAAGGAUGUGUGGUGCUUGACGUGCAGGAUCCCUCCUCUAAACAUGUUCCAACACCGGCAGUCACAGCAGUGGACACCACAGGUGCAGGAGACAGCUUCAUCGGAGCACUGGCAUUUUACAUGGCUCAUUAUCCCACGAUGCCAUUGGAGGAGGCGGCCCGCAGAGCAGGUCAAGUGGCAGGAGCGAGCGUGCAGGCCAUGGGCACUCAGACCUCUUUUCCACACAGGCAGGACUUAGCAGCCCAGCUCUUUUAAGAGCAGCAAUACAGAUAUGCAUCAUGGGCUCUGAACUGGACCUAAACAUGCCUUUUUUAGUCUUAUGAGCCAUUUAAACAAAUAUUGAAGGACCAAUAACGUUGUUUAUAGAGCAUACAGAGUAACAUUAUUGUGUAUGAUGUGGCACAAGCUGAAGUAACACACAGGCAUUCAUUUGAAUAGUUUUACUUGUAGCAUGGUGAGAUUUAUAGGCAAUGAAGUGACUUACUCUAAUGUUGAACAAUAAAAGCAUGACUGGUGGUGAUGGCACACCAAGUGAAUA